AUGCCGCUAUCCGACGAGCACUGGCGGCGGUUCGGCCCGCUAGCGGCGGGCGCGCUGUUCGGUGCGGCGUGGUGGAUAUGGGUGGACGCCGUCGUCUGCAAUUCCUCCACCGUGCCCUUCCUGCACUACGUUCCAGGUACCGCCUCCCCCUGCUGCGCUACGUCCAAGGUACCGCCUCCCCCUGCCGCACUGCGUCCCAGGUACCGCCUCCCCCUGCCGCACUACGUCACAGCCCCUCUUCCCCCCUUCCUCUUUUGGGCCCCUACCCUCCGCGACCCUGGAGUUCCUUCCUUUUGCCCCUUCCACUUCUGUCCCCCACCCUCCGCACGCCUGGGGUUCAUGGCAGGCAUAUUCGCUACGGUGGCGGCGAUGAUGUUCAACGCCGUGCACCGCGAUGAGCUGCAUGACUACUCGCCCUACGACGACGGCGCCGGCUGCAGGUCGCGCACGUGGCUCUUUCUGGCGUACGUCAUCGCCUUUGCAUCGCUGGCGGGGGCGGCGGGGAUGCUCAUAAAGGACGCGUCGCCGCCCAGCACGUCCUCGUGGCCCGGCGCUGCAGGCGUCUUCCAGUGCGCCUUCAUCAUCGCAAG